AUGGGAAAUCAAAAUAAUGUGACAGAAUUCAUACUUUUGGGUCUUACAGAGAACCUGGAGUUGCGGAAAACACUCUCUGUUGUAUUUCUAACCAUGUACAUAUCCACCGUUUUGGGAAACCUACUCAUUGUGGUCACCGUAUUGACAAGUCAGAGUCUGAGAUCACCUCUGUAUUUUUUCCUUUCUUCUUUGUCCCUGUUGGAUGUCACCUUCUCUUCUGUCACUGCCCCCAAGAUGAUAGUGGACUCCCUCUCUGUGAGCACUACCAUCUCCCUUGAAGGCUGCAUGGCCCAGCUCUUUGCAGAGCAUUUCUUUGCUGGUGUGGAUGUCAUCCUUCUCAGUGUGAUGGCCUAUGACCGCUAUGUGGCCAUCUGUAAGCCCCUGCACUACAUGACCAUCAUGAGCCCUCGGGUGUGCUGCCUGCUGCUGGGAGGGGCCUGGCUGGGGGGAUUUAUCCAUGCAGUAACACAGCUUCUCUUCAUGUAUCAAAUACCCUUCUGUGGCCCCAAUGUCAUAGACCAUUUUGUUUGUGAUUUGUUUCCAUUGUUGAAACUGGCCUGCAUGGACACCCACAUCCUGGGCUUCUUAGUCAUCCUCAACAGUGGGGUGAUGUGUGUGACCAUUUUCCUUAUUCUCAUCGCCUCCUACAUGGUCAUCCUCUGCUCUCUGAAGUCUUACAGCUCUGAAGGGCGGCGCAAAGCUCUCUCCACCUGUGGCUCUCACCUCACAGUGGUCGUCUUGUUCUUUGUGCCAUGCAUCUUCUUGUACAUGAGGCCUGUGGACACUUACCCCAUAGACAAGGCAAUGACCGUGUCAGGUUCCAUCAUCACACCCAUGUUAAAUCCCUUGAUCUACACCUUGAGGAACACAGAGGUGAAAAAUGCCAUGAGGAAACUGUGGGUGAAACAAGAAACUUUGAUUGGCAAGUGA